AUGCCCCGCGCCGUUUCAAGCUCUGCUCUCUUGGUCGCGGUGGCCACGGCUCUACCGGAUGUGAAGGAGUUGCGCAGCUACGAGCAGCUGCUUCGCUCGCAUGGCGCCGUCCUCGACGACUUGGCGGCCGAGUUGGACGCGGCGGGUGGCCGGGGAGUCUUCGCGCAGCGGGACUUUCAGGAAGGCGAGUUGGUGCUGCGCAUUCCAGGGGAGUUGUGUUUGCAGACGCCUUGGUUGGCCGGCGACGGCCACACCGCCUCUGCACUGGCGCAGAAGCUGCUGGAGGAACGGCAAAGAGGCACGUCUUCACCUUUCCAUCGCUACCUCCAGCUGUUGCCGGAACUGCCACCCCUCCACCCGCUGGCCGCUGAGUGGCCGCCGCUGCGUGGCGCGUUGCGGCGACUCUACAGCGAGGCCCAGCAGCGCUUCGCAACGGAAGUACCUGAGCAAAGUGAUGCCUCUGAGGCCUUCCGCUGGGCACUGGGCAUGGUUUGGACUCGAGCCUUUGCCUUUGGGGGAUCUUUGGCCAUGGUGCCGUAUUUGGAUCUCUUCAACCAUUGGAUCCCCCAGCAUCGUGAGGAUCCUUUGUGGAAUUGUCGGCUUCAGGAGUGGAGGGAAAUUGAUGCCAUUGGACUGGUGGCUGACAGAGAUAUCGCCAAGGGAGAGGAGUUAAAUCAUUUGUACUCCGAGGCCUCCGACGCCCAGCUGCUGGUGCAGCAUGGCAUUGCACCCCGGAAGCCGUCGGCCAAUCCCUUCAACGAGGCCAUGCUUGAAGUGGACCUACCAGACGACCUUCGCACGGAGGCGCCAUUGGUGGACUUCGACUGCGAGUUUCGGCUUCCAGGGGAGGUGAAGCGCUUGCAACAGCUGGCAGCACUGGUGCAGGCGAAGAUGGAUGGAUCUGCGACGAUGUCCUCCUCUGAGCAACGUGAGCAGUUGCUGCGCCACUGGCUGCAUGAAGAGGAGAUGAAGCUGCUGCACUUUGCCGAGGCAGAACUGGACACUGCAGCAGAUUUGGCGAAAGCCUUGAAGGACAUCGUCACUGAGGAAGCUGCCUUGUUGCGCCGCCUGCAGCUGCCGCGUGGAACGCGAAGACACCCAAAUGUCGCAGUGGCCUUGGCAGACCUGGUGGAUUUCAUUGGAAACAUUUGGAAGCACCGGAACUAUGAGAGGAUGCUGGUCAUGGUGAUGGUGAUGGGGCUGCUGUUGCAAGUGGUGAAAGGCUUCGAAGAUGGAGACCAAACUUCCGCCUUGGCUUCGACAUUGCGGAAGCUCUUUAUCUCUCCCGAGCUGCCGGAGCUGCAAUGUUUCCCAAGACAGGUGGCAGAGGUGUUGAAGCCUGAUCAACCAGAAACGUACACAGGCGAUUUGAACGCCUCGGCCGUGGUCAUGGCCAAGAAGAUGCUCCAGUUGGAAGGCCAGCUGGGUGCAGCGGUGCAGUCUAGCUGGGUGCCAAAGUUGCAGCUGGCCUUGGCCCGACAGCGGGAGCAGGAAGCCGAAUUGGAGAAGGAAGUGCACCUAGCGCGGCUGCACUUGCGCCGCCUCGCACAGGAUGUGGCGGAAGCCAAGCUGCGUCGACAGGAGCUUGAGGAGGAACAAGCGGAGUUCGUGCCCUUCGCCACCAAGGAGUUGGAAGAUGCCAUGCAGCAGAUGACCAAUAACCGACGCGCUCCCGAAAGUCUCCGACGCUUGGUACCCCAUGCGACACCCAGGAGCGCUGCCUCAACGAAAACCACGAGGAAACGUGUGCCCAAAGCUGGCGCUGGCCGACCCAAGCAGCUUGCCACUCCAACAUUUGGCAGAAUCUUCGUGUAG